GGCAGCAAUAAGGUCCUUUCCGUAACUUGGCCGAAGCCAUAUGCUCGUGGUAAACAUCUCUGAGCGACUGUAACGUUAGUGUUUAAAAUCCGUUUUCGCGAUGGAGCCGCUGUCAGACACGGACUGCGCCGGAAGCACAGACACAUUUCAGGAAGUCAAAUCAAAGAGGAGUCAGAAGCGCAAGCGGGCCGCGGCGGACGCGGAGAUGCAGCCAGAGGAGACGGUAGCGGCCAAGAGACCGCAGUUCCCGGCCUUAUCAGGAGACCAGCUCGCGGGAGGCGAGGUUGAGAUGCGGAGGGUGCCUGUUCCUGCUCACCGUUACUCUCCGCUGAAAGAAAACUGGAUGAAGAUUUUCACCCCCAUCGUCGAACAUCUGCAGCUCCAAGUGCGAUUCAACCUCAAAACCAGAAACGUGGAGAUUAAAACGUGCAGAGAAACGUCAGACAUCGGUGCUCUGACCAGAGCUGCUGACUUUGUGAAGGCGUUUGUUUUAGGCUUUCAGGUGGAGGAUGCUCUUGCUCUGAUCAGAUUAGACGAGCUGUUUCUGGAAACAUUUGAUAUCACAGACGUUAAACCUUUGAAAGGAGAUCAUUUAUCCAGAGCCAUCGGCAGGAUAGCAGGGAAAGGAGGAAAAACCAAGUUCACCAUUGAGAACGUGACGAAAACCAGGAUUGUGCUCGCAGACACGAAGGUUCAUAUUUUGGGAUCUUUCCAGAAUAUCAAAAUGGCACGAACAGCAAUAUGCAACCUCAUUCUCGGAAGUCCUCCAUCAAAGGUGUAUGGCAACAUUCGGGCGGUGGCCAGCCGCGCAGCCGAGAGGUUUUAACACACCGCUCAUGGACUGAUGCAGAAAUAACCCUUUAUAUUAUUAGUGCCAUAUUGGCCUGAAUAUGUGUGUGAAUGAUACGAUGACUGAUGUGACUCUUCAGAUAAUAAACACUUCACGAAUGGAAAUCA